AUGGAAGAACAUAAAGAUUGUUCAUUCGUAAAUUACGGGCAAAGAGAUGUUAAUCUAGAUGAUAUUUAUACGCACAAAAAAGGUUAUACUGUCACCAGAGUACGAUUCAAUAGCGAUCCUAAUAUCGAAAGUGCGAUACAAUUAGAAGUACACAUCACUCCAGUUAAUUUUUCAAAGGGUUUGCUUGUCCCAACAAAUGAUAAUCCGAGUAAAUGGUUGACAUCUGAAGAUACGCCCGCACGUGACUUUGUUCCUUUUAUCCCACGGACAAAGGUUGAUUUGACUAAUAGACAAAACCCUACGAAAUUUGAAGACAAUAUUCCAGAUACACAAGAUGAUUCACAAAUAUGGUUCACAGUGUCUGACAAAUGGCAAGAACUUGGAGAAAAUACGAUCCCGAUCUUUGAUGGACAGCUAGUUUCGCCACAUUCAAAAGUUGCAUUGGAUGUUUCACUAUUAUUUCUGUUAUUUGGAACCGAAACAAUAAUUGCAUUGGAUCUUCCAAUAGUAUCAGAUAUCCAGGACAUAAUAAGUCUUGCCCACGAUUUAUCGGAUUUAGCAUCUGGAAACGUACCUCUGGUACCAUCUAUCUUCGGAGGAACUACUGUGGAUCCUACGAUCGCCAAAUUGAACGGGCUAUCAACACAAAUCGAGGAGCUAACAAAGUUAUUCAACGUAAAAAUGGACGCCGCGUUGUCACAAAUAUUGACCAGCGUGCCACGUGACACUGAUUUUAGGACACGUAUGGGUCAGUUGCACAAAUACAUAACCCGUAUCAAUGGUCUAUUUGAUGACUAUCGGCGCUUACUGAAAUCAGCAAGUAAAUACAAUCAAUACAGUAUAAACCAAUUUAUACAAGCCACUACUUCUUCACAAGAUGGUGACUUGCCAGAAAUAUUAAAUCAAAUCCAUCGACUAUUUGUAACACAGCAAUCUGAUGAUAUACAAGGAGGUCUUUUGGAGCUUGCAGUCCCUAUUUUUAAAGAUAUGAAACCAGCAUCUUUAUGCAACCGCACUAUAUCACGGCAGCAACGUGUUUAUAACAUUUAUCGAACGGUUAUUUUUACAGAAAUAAAAGGAUAUAUCAUGAAUUCAUAUUCUUAUGGUCUAUUAUCUAUUUUUCAUAACACAUCUUUUGAAGAAGAAGUUAAAAGGUCUGAAGAGAGACUUAUAAAAAAUACUUAUGACUAUCUAUCAGCUACUAAAGAGGCAUUGAAAACAGUACCUAGAGAAAUAAUUGUUUGUGAUCCACCAGAACACAUUAAUGGCAAAACAUUCGCGGAAAUGAACCGCGCAGUUCAAAUGACGAUGCUACAUGAAUAUAUGUUAACAUCUGAUGGAAGUUGUGGCGGUUCAUGCAGCGGCAUUAAUACACAUAAGAUCUACCGUGAGUACGAGGAUUUUUCAAAUCACAAAUGGUAUCCAGAGAAUCCAUGCCAGGGAUUGAUAAACGAGUGUCGGGACAUGAACUAUGUUGACUUUUGUGAAAUGCCUGGUAAUUUCAAAGAACGUCUGAUUUAUAUAGACCAUUUUAAUGACCGCACCUAUGGCAGCAACAAAAACUGUUGGUUCGGUAAAAAGAGCGUACUUAGAACGCUAAUGAUUGGUGUUUAUAAGUGUCACCCCUGCUUGUGUCAAUGUAUAGAAGACAAAGCCGAGUCAAAGGCUACUCGCACAGUGAGUUUCAGAAGACAAAGAACGAAUGUUGACAAAAAUAUGAUACUGACCGGUAUACGAUUUAUCGAAAAAAAUGAAGUGAUUCAUCUGCAAAUUGAGCAGGGAAAGCUGAUUGAAGAUGGCCGUAUUGAAAACGGUACUACUGAAUGGCUACCGAUUGACGAAUUUAAGUAUGAUGCAGAAACUGAGGGUGGAGCUUUCGUAAGAGUUGUUGGUGAUAAAGAAAUACCAAUGAAGAAAGAUAUAGAUUACGGGUUUAUGAACAGCUCACGUCGCUACUUUUAUUUAGACGAUGUCAUCGUUGAAGAACCAAAUCAUGUCAUUACAGGUGCGAGAUUGGCAAUCGCGAUGUAUUCUCCUAACGACUUUCAACUGGAAGUCCGGGUAACAAGGUUCAAUUUCACAACUGGCUCAUUGAUGCCGCUGGAUCCAAAACGUAAGGUUCGAGGGAAUGUUGACAGUAAUGGCGGAAACAUAUCUUCACAAUGGAUCUCUGCAGAUUUGCUUAUGAUAUUUACAACUAAAAAAAGAGCUGCGAAAAAUCGAAAAGUUGUGGACGUCAAAGAAAAAAUGGAUCCUGUAAAAAGCUAUAAUAAUAUACCUGACUCAGAAGAUCAUUCACGAGUGAUGCUAACGCAUUCGAGUGUUAUUGGCGAUGUCGGACAAAGUACGAUCCCGUACUUUGAUAUUCAGCCGGUGGUUCCAGAGCCCAGAGUCGCGCUGGACGGAAUCGGACUUUAUCACCGCGGCAACGGUGAAUCUGGAGGAUUUUUGAGUCUCAAGCUUUUCACUCACGACAUUUCAAAGUAUUUGAAUCCCAUUAUAAAUUCGGGCGAGUUAAGUCCAGAAGAAAUGAAGGACAUCAAAGAGGAGGCUGAGUUUUCAGAACUAGCUUAG